GUGAAUCGAAUUCGAAUAAUCUAAGAUAUAUUCAUUGGUAAAUUCCGAUAAGAGAUAAACGGGAAUACGCGCGUAUAUUCGCGGGUUACGCUAGAGUGCGCUGAAGUGCUAUUGCCAACAACAAUGUCAGCGUUGACGUUUUAUCCGGAAGUUUAUUAUUCGUAAAAUACGCGCGAUGAAAAACAUAAUGAAUGAAAAUGAUGGCUACGACAAAUGAGUUUGGUCCCGAUUCUGGUGGUAGAGUGAAGGGUGUUACGAUAGUAAAGCCCAUAAUAUAUGGUAAUGUAGCUCGUUAUUUUGGUAAGAAAAGGGAAGAGGAUGGUCACACGCAUCAAUGGACUGUUUACGUCAAACCAUAUCACAAUGAAGACAUGUCCACGUACGUUAAGAAAGUUCAUUUUAAAUUACACGAAAGCUAUAAUAAUCCAAAUCGUAUUAUGACAAAGCCACCGUACGAGCUUACCGAAACUGGUUGGGGAGAAUUUGAAAUUGUCAUUAAGAUAUACUUUCAUGAUCCAAAUGAACGUCCUGUAACUAUAUAUCAUAUAUUAAAACUAUUUCAAACAACACCCGAGAUACAGUUAGGCAAGAAAAGCUUAGUCUCUGAAUUUUACGAGGAAAUAGUAUUUCAAGAUCCAACAGCAUUGAUGCAGCAUUUGCUGAAUUCUAGCAGGCCUAUAACUUUAGGUGUCUGGCGUCACAAUACAGAUUUUGAAGCUAAAAAGGAAUCCACGAUAAAAGCAAUAAUGGAGGCUAGAAACAAAAUAAGACUAGAGGUUAUAGAUCUCAAAGAAAAAUUAACGUUGGCUAAAGAGACAAUUGCAAAAUUUAAGGAAGAAAUUGCCAAGAUUUCGAAAGCUGGUGGAGGUAUAUCUGUUGCAUAAACAAGUACAAAACAUUGUGACAAUUUAUAAUGAACAAUUAAAGUGUAUAUAGCCCUGUUGCAAGGUACUUAGAAAUUUAAUAAAACAACUGACAUUAAAUGCA